AUGGCCUCCCUUGCAUCUUCUUCAGGGCCGCCCGAGGCCCUGGCGGUGCAGCCUCGCGAUGCCCACCGCCCCGCCUCAGUGCCCAUAGCGACAGGCGACGCCGAAGAGGCCUCCUCUAUCAUUAGUUGCCCCUCUGCAGGUGUAUCUUCCGCUCCCUUUCCACGGUCACCCCCUCCACCCUGCCAGCAGCAGCAGCAGCAGCAGCAGCAGCAGCAGCACGGAGGCAGCAAAGCCGAGGACUGCAAAAACAGCAGCAGCAGCAGCAGCAGCAGCAGCAGCAGUGGUGUUCCUGCGCAGUAUUCCUCCUGUAGUCCACAGAAGGAUCUGAAGGGAACAGCAGCACAGGUAGACGUGUAUCCCCCAUCAUCUUGUGCCUCAUCUGCUCCCCCCCUCUCCGCGCAUGCGGGCGCUGUGGCCCCUGAAGGCGUCUCAGGUGCUGUCACCUCGGGGUCGACCGCCACAGAGGACAGUAGAGAGCAUACAGAUGAGGCUCCGGCAGUUGCUGCUGCUGCUUCUUCUUCUGCUGCUGCUGCUGCUGCAGGGGGAGCAGCAGCAGCACGAUCCUCAUCAGGUGAACUGAAGCGGCAGCCCAGUGGUGAGGGGGCAGGGGCUGGUGUUCCGUCUUCUUCUCAGGGUAUAGGAGAGCCCCGCGAUGCAAAGGAGAAGCAUUGCGGCGCACCCAUUGAUAUUGCCUCUCUGUUUAUAUCUCCUGCUGAAGACUUAGAUUCAUGGGCCCCCGAGGACGGCGAGCUGCUGCUGCCUGCCGGUUCCUUCGUUAGUGCUGACGCCAUCAGCUCACACAGGGGCCCCAUGACGCUCGGCCGUGUUGCUUUGUUUCUCUUUAGUUUGUUUCAGGGGGAUGUACGCAUGGGCCUCCUCUCUGCCCAGGGGCGGCUGCUGGCUUGGCGUUGCCUCCUCUUUCUUGCGGAGCUGCACGAUCGCCAGACAGCGGGUGCACUGCAGCAGCAACCCACAACAGCAGCACAGGCAGCAGCAGCAGCAGCAGCAGCAGAUCCCAGUAUACGUAGAAGAAGGUUGCAGCGCGAGAGUGUCGCGACGUCCAAAGGCCGCCGAUCCGUCCGUCAUGCCUUCCUCUUAGAUCGCAGUGGCGCUGCUGCACGAUCUGCUGCUGCUGCUGUUGCGGGUGGUGGUGCUGCAGCAGCUACACCCGCGCAUGCUGCAGCAGGUAGCAUCAACAGCUACAGCCCGUGCCCAGCAGAUGAAUGGGCGGAGGCGGAAGAGGAGCCCCCCUCUGCAGGUGCAGCAGCUGUUGCUGCUGCUGCAUGCGUCAGCAUGCGAGGCGAUCCUCCGGCUGAGGUAGCAGGGGAGCAGGCUCGGAGCGUCCCUGGAUUGAGUGGAGCUUUGCUGCUGCAGCGGCAGCUGCAGCAGCAGCAGCAGCAGCAGGGUCAGCCGGGUCUGGGAUUUGAAGCAAACUUUACGAGGUUUAUUGGGGGAACCAUCGAUCGACGAUGGGCGCUGCAGCACAGGUGGCUGCGUAUACCGUCGGAGGCAGCGAGAGGAGGAGAAAUAAAUAGAGAAGAAAGUAAUAAUAAUAAUAAAGAUGAUUUAAAUAAAACAGAAGAAAUAAAUAUAGAUGAAGAACCCCUCGAUAUUCGACUCGAAGAAUUCGGCGCCGCCACUGCCCCCAGCAUGUGGCCAAAGACCGAGGCACUCCCGGAAAAAAUUUUUGUCGGGCUCCCGAUCCAAGUGGCCACGUGGGUGGGAUGGGGCCGAUCAGAUACUGGCGAUGCCGGGCGGAUGCUGUGGAGGGACUGCGAGGUGGUGCAGCUGCUGCCGAGCAACAGCUUCAAGGCGCGGUGCUUUGUGCCUGGUGACGCCAAAGUCAGCGCAACUCAGGACUUUGUUUGCCUGGUGAAGGACUUUGUGCCGCCGCGGGCGCCGUGCCCGUGCCCCACAGAGUGUGCGUGGCGUCUGUUGCCGCUGGAGGCUGACGUGUCGCGGGAUAUAUAUCCGGGUGCAUGUUUAUCUGUGGGGUUGACAGCAGCAGGUCCUCCUCCUCCUCCUUCUCCUUCUCCUUCUGAUCAGGGACAGACUGAGGCUGUAGCUCGCGCAUACUUUGUUGAUGUUGUAGUACAGGAUGUUUACUUCUCCUUAGAGCAGGCCUCUCGCGCAAAGGCUGCGGUUGCAGAGGCAAGAGAAAGAGAUGAAGCAACAGGUACCCCACAAACCCAGCAGCAGCAACAGCAGCAACAGCAGCAGCAGCAGCAGCAGCAGGCAGCAGCAGCAGCAGCAGCAGGAACCGGAGGAUCCGGGGGCCCUGUAGAGGGCCUCCGGCCGAACUGUGUUGUCCGCGCUAUGCGUGUGAUGGUGCUGCGUACGGGUGGUGCUGCGAAUGAGUUUGCGUUGGUUGCUGGGCGGCGUAUAUAUCGAUUGCCGUUUGACUUAUAUAACGACAAUGGGGGUAUCAUGAGGGACAGCGGGGUGCGGCGUCGUCCCCCCUCAAUCGUGCCUCGACUUGUAUGGGCAAUACCGAGGGCCUUGGUGCCGCCGUCGCCGCGGCAGCUGAGAGCAGCAGCUGGCGCCAAGGCAGCUGCUGCUGGUGUUAUAGGGGGAGGAGGAGGAGGAGGAGGGGAGAUGAGUGCUGAGGCUGCAGCGAAACGAUGGCAAUAUAGAACACAGGAGAAUAGUAAAGAGUGGACUCUGUUUCCCCCUUUUGUUGUUAUUUAUAUACCCUUUGAUGGUUCUUCUUGUCACCGACGAACUCAUCCUUUGUUACUACGAUACCUACAGCCUGAGCUCGACCUCAAGGCUCUAUCGCAAGGCGACUGGCGCCUCUGUCUGCCUCAGUAUGAGUCUCCCGCCGUGCCCCCAGUGCUGCUGCCUCACCCCACAGAUGCAUCCCCGCCAGAACGGAGAGGAGGAGGCAACAGAGAGACAGAGGAAACGUCAGGAGAGGGAUUGCUCUUAUUAGAUAGCCCCUAUACAGCAACUGCUUCGCGCUGCAGUGCUGCAGCCGCAGCGAGUACGGCUGCUGAGGGUCGGCUGGGGGCCAUCAGCAGCAGCAACGAUGACACCAACGACUCUUUCUGCUGCCCUCUACAGAACGCAGCAGCACCACCGCAGCCACUCAACCCCACCGCUGCUGCUCCAGCAGCAGGAACAGAGACGGGGCCCAGGGCAAGCGUGCUAGGUAUCAAUCAUCUCGCCUCGUUGCUGUGCAGCGGGGGAGGAGAGGGGCCCCCCUCUCGGGAGCUGCUGGCGAAGGCGCUGCCCUUCUUCCGGGGCCUCUUGCCUCACCUCACAUCGACGCAACCCACAGCAGCAGCAGCUGCUGCUGCAUCACCAGGACCAUCAGCUGCAGCAGCAGGUACACCAGACUGGCAGCUUGACGUCGCUCGAGCAGCCGUACGAGCAGCAGAAAGGGCAAGGGAGCUGUAUGUAGAGGAAGAAGAAACAGAAGCAGAAAGAAUGCGCCGCCAAGGCUUCUCCUUCGCUGGGCCCGCCCUAGGCAAUGCACCGCCGAUAGAGGCGGCGCGAUGCCAGCAGCCGCAGCAGCCGCAGCAGCAACAGCAGCAGCAACAGCAGCAGCAGCGGGCGACCGAGGCCGCGGGUGUAGCCGGAGGGCCCGACGGGGAGGCGGCGGAGACGUGGGAGCUAUUCAACAGCCCAGGUAGCCGCUACCCAACAAGCAGAGAUAUCUCCCGCUUCCUCCUGCGUACUUCAGGCCACAGCUUGGGGGCCGCCGCCACAGGCAGAGGUUCCCGCAGCCUUGACGUCAACACCGCGCAGCCAGAGGCCCCAGGGGGACCCCAGGGGGGUCCCCCAGGGGCCCCCCGCAGGCGGCCUGCUGAGGCUAUUGCGGGGCUUGUGGCGGCCAACUCUCGUCGUGGAUCUGGCUCAGAGGUGGGUGCUGCAGGGGACCGCCGUGGGAGAGCAGAAGACAGCAGCUACAUCUCAAGAGGCGCAGCAGCAGCAGCUGCAGCAGCAGCAGCAGCAGCAGCAGCAGCGGCGGGAGCAGGAGACUGCGACCUUCAUGGCAGCCGACGACCGACGCCUGCACCACUCCCCCCGAGUUUUGUGCGUAUAUCGCCACAAGAAGAAGCCGCGGGGGUCCCUCGAACCCGCAGCCUCCUCUCUGCACCCAGCAGAGCCGCGACUGCUGUGGGGGCCCCCAUAGGAGCACCGGGCAGGCGGCCAGUGAGUGGGCAGCGGGCAGAGGAGGAGGAGGACUUGCAUGCGGCGUUGAGGAGCGCAGGAGCAGCAGCAGCAGCAGCAGCAGCAGUAGUGAGACAAGGGAGUUCAGGGGGAAGGACAGGCCCGGUGAGGAGAGCAGCCAGAAAUGUUAGCUACGCAGCUCUUGCGGGUUUAGAGGAGGCCCCUGAGGAGGCCCCCUUCUACCGCCCGCUCAAGAGGGUAGCGAGGGGGGGAGAAGGGGGCCCCACGGGCCCUGCAGCAGCACACGGAGCAGCAGACGCACCCUAUGGGGAUGUCUGGGAUCGACCCCACGCCAUAUCACGCGAGGGAGGAGGAGGGGAGAGCGGUGACGCCGCAGUGAACGAUAUCCGCCAGCAGCAGCAGCAGCAUCAGCAGCAGCAGCAGCAACAACAGCAACAGCAGCAACAGGCGCAUGCUGCGCAUGCGCAUGCGCAAGCACGUGCAAGUCUGCAGCACUGGGUUGCGCUGCAGCGUCAGGCUGCUGCUGUAGAAGAGCGGCUGCGUGGCAGCAGCAGCCACGGCGUUGCUGCGGGGGAUGAGCAUGAAGGGGAAGACAGUCUGUGCACCGAUGAGCUGCAGGAGGCAUUGAAGGGGUUCGUACAGUCUAUCAAGGCGGGGACGUCGCCAGCAGUAGUCAGCGUGCCUCCCCUAGCCAGAGAUAGAAGCUUCGCAGCGUCUCAUUAA